GAUUUUAUGGAAAUUCAAGCCCUUCAAAAACAAGUAGAUUUGUGGAUACAAGAACACGGAGUUCGGUAUUUUAAUGAAUUGACCAAUAUGGCUAUUCUUACGGAAGAAGUAGGGGAAGUGGCUCGUAUAAUUGCACGACGCUACGGAGAGCAAUCCGAAAAAGAAUCGGAUAAAACAAAAGAUUUAGGAGAAGAAUUAGCCGAUGUACUCUUUGUGAUUCAAUUAGGAGGCUCGAAAAGUAUUUCUAAUCGGCUGCUUAUUUUAAAUGCCUUAUUUGAAAAUAAAAUUACUCUUAAAAAUCUAUCCGAUGCGGAAGAUACCGAUUUAUUAAAACAGGCACUUGAAACGGACAACGAAGUUGUAGAUAUUCAUCAUGCCGGAACUGCCAUGCGUUUUCUCACGUCUUAUUUAUCUCUUUUAAAAAAAGAAAAAAUACUUACCGGCUCCGAGCGAAUGAAACAACGUCCCAUCGGGAUUUUAGUAGAUGCCCUUCGUUCUAUGGGUAUUUCUAUUGAUUAUUUAGAAAAUCAAGGUUUUCCCCCUUUAAAAAUACAUCCUUCCUCUUUUAAAACAAAUAAAGUACAAAUGCAAGCGGAUACCUCCAGUCAAUACCUUACUUCCUUGAUGCUUAUCGGAGCAAAACUUCCCGAAGGCUUGGAAUUGGAGUUGAUAGGGACAAUUACUUCCUUGCCUUAUUUAGAAAUGACUUUGACGAUGUUAAACGAGUUAGGAAUAGAAGCAAAGCGGGAAGGAAACCUCAUUACUAUUCUUCCGAAAAAAGAAUGUAAUUCUCAAAAUUUUACCAUCGAAUCCGAUUGGAGUUCUGCUUCUUACUUAUAUUCACUUGCCGCUCUUUCCGAAAAUUGUAGAAUAGAAGUGUCUUAUCUUUUUGAAAAAAGUUUACAAGGAGAUAGGCGAGUAGCGGAUAUUUAUCGAGAAAAUUUCGGAGUAGAGACCGACUUCCGGAAAGAAAAAAUUGUUCUUACCAAAAUACCCAAUUUUACCUAUCCCAAAAAAAUAGAACUCAAUCUGAAUGAUUGCCCUGAUGUCGCACAAACCAUUGCAGUUACAGCAGCAGCCCUCCGCAUCCCUACUUUACUUACGGGACUUCAUACCUUAAAAAUAAAAGAAACCGAUAGAAUUACUGCCCUUCAUAAUGAACUAAAAAAGUGCGGAGUAGAAACCCUUCCUACACAAGAUUCUUUGGAACUUAUCUCUUUUACUUCUCCUUCUUCUCGUCCAAGUAUUGACACGUAUAAUGAUCAUCGUAUGGCGAUGGCUUUUACUCCUUUGGCUCUUUUUUAUCCCAUAGAAAUUAAAAAUGAGCAG